CUCCGCUGGAUAAGCCUGAGAAGCGAGAACGAGAAGCGGGAUUAUUAUUAUUGUGCACCGCUCCUCUACGGUAUGUUAGCUUAUGUUUUGAAUUGACAGUCUUUUUAUAUUCAUGUUUUGUCGUUUUUCUAAUGCAUAGAAGCACCAAACUACAAAUGUGUGACAAUAUAAAAUGAAGCGUUUCUUUUUGAGCUAACGUAGGUUCGCUAGAGCUAUAUCAUUAACGUUAUCCAUCGACCCUGUCCACACCGAUAAUUCUCCUCAGAGUAACGAGGAGCACAACUUCCGCCAGCAUCAUGACCGAGAGAGCCAACAAAGACAAACUCAAGCGAAGUUUGUCAUUGUCCAAGAGUAAGAAGAAAGGAAAUGUCAAAAGUGGGAUUUCUGCCAGUGCUGCCACCACAACUCCUAUCACCUCAUUCUUCAGCAGCCAGCCUCCACCUAAAUUGUCCUGUCCCCUGUGUGCCCAGUUGGUACCAAGAUUCAAGAUCAAUGAGCACAUUGAUUUGCAAUGUCAGAACUUUGAGAGAGGAGACAGCAGUGUCGCCUCAGCAAGUAAUAGUGUUUUGCCAAGCAUCCAGCUGUCACCCAGAAGGAAUCCCCCAAAGUCUCCAGAGCUGGAUCCAAAUAAGGAAGAAGAGAUCAAAGAGACAAGCCCCUAUUUCAAAAGGAAUAAUUCUCAGCAGGCACCACGGGAGAUAAAAGGAAAAAGUGUGGUCAGGACGAUUGACCUGGGAAGUCUCUCCUCCAAGUUAUCAAUGAAAUCUCAUAAGGUACCUGAGAGGACGCAGACAGAGGAUAAACAUGCACAGAUGUGUCCUGAAAACAAGAUAUAUUCUUCUGAGGCGCUCAGCAGCUCACAGAAAGAAAAUCAGAGUUUAGAAGACAAAAAAGACUAUGUGGCAGUCAUUGACCUUACACAAACUAGUGCAGACACUCCAGUGGAAGAUCUCACAUGUUCAGACAAAGGAUGUCAUCUUGAAUACAAACCAUUUAAAUCAGAGACUUUUGAAAAACGAGUUGCUCCAAAGCUGCGCUCUUCUUCCUCCAAACUAUCAAAGAGAAAGAUGGGAACAACUUCCACUGGCAGGUCUGAUUCCAGAAAGAAAGCAAAAUAUAAGGGGAGCAGCAGGGAGCCAGAGGAGUUGUUGUCUAGUUUAUAUGUGGCAGAGAUGACUGAUACGGACCAGAUUAAAACUGAGGUACCUUCUACCACUCCUUGUGACCCCUCUCUGAGUUCAGAGGAAACUUAUGAGAAAGGUGCGGCAGCGAUCAAUAGUAAUUCACUGGCAGAGUCGGGUGCUGAGAACAUCAGCAGUGACCAGGUUGUCGAGAGCUCGCAUACCCCAUGGCUUCCCUACUACCUCCGUAACUUCCGGACUGUACUACAGGCUGUCCUGGAGAAUGAAGACGACAGGUCAUUGUUUAACCAGGAUGAUAUGUCACUUGUACAUGCAUUUGAGAAACUCUCAGUCAUGGGGCAGAAGCUGUAUGUGAGACUCUUUCAGAGGAAACUGAAGUGGCUCCAAGUAAAUAAACUGGAUUAUGAAGAGAUAUGCAGUGAUCUGGGACCUGUUGCUCAGGAGCUGGUUCAAGGUGGUUUUCUACAAACAGAGAGUGACCUUCAGGACUUGGGGGAGGCUCUGGAACUCCUGCCUGCUCCUGAACUCAAAGCUCUGGCUAAGACUUUCCAUCUGGGCAAUUCUGGGACUCAGAAACAGCAGCUUGUGGACGGACUUCUCCGUCUAAGCAGGCAAAAGUCCUUCUUCUCUCUGACCCCUGCUCAGAACAACAUUGGGGCUGUCAUUCUCAAAAGGGCAAAGCAGCUGGCAAGUUCCUGUGUGCGCCUGUGUCGUCGUCCUCGGGCUGUCUUUUCUCGUAUUCUUCUCCUCUUCUCUCUGACGGACACCAUGGAUGAGGAGGAGGUGGUGGGUGGUGGGCAGAGCCAGCUCUUCACCAUUCUGCUGGUUAACUCAGGACGCCUGGCCUUCCCAGACUACACAGUGCAGCGCACAGCCAAGGUGUUCCAGGACAGAGAGGAUCUUAUCAGAUAUGAAGCAUCCAUGCGAGCCCUGCAAGAGGUAGUCUCAGCUAUGCAGGGAGGUCAGUGGGAAGAGGCCAUGGAGCUUUACACUGCUGCCAAAAGUGUCUGGCAGGAGCUGAGGAAAAACCAUGACCUCAGUCACCAGGAGGAGCUGCCUGUGUUUCUGCGUAGCUUCACUACAGGAUGGGCUUAUACUCGGAUCUUAUCCAGAGGGGUAGAGAUCUUGCAGAGGCUACGUCGCUAUGAGGAGGCAGUAGAGGAGCUGCGGUCCUUACUGUUGCAGUCCGUUUGCUGUCCUGACAGCCGAGGACGAUGGUGGGACAGACUGGCGCUAAACCUUCAUCAGCACCUAAAAAAACCUGAGCAAGCUAUUGGUGCUAUCAGAGAUGGGCUGUCAGACCCUUUGGUGCGAACUGGACAUAAACUUUCUCUUCAUCAGAGAGCUGUGAGGAUGAAAGAGUCUGCCAGCUUGAAGAAGUAUCACCUGCACCUAAAAGACCUGCCCACUAUUCAAGUCCAAGAUGUCACACAUGUGACCAUCCGGGGACAGUUGUUCCCUCAUGAGGGGGGCAUGGGGAAAUCUAGGUUCCUUUUACCAGCAAAUGGAGAGGGGGAAGAGGGUGAUAAUGCCACUGUAAUAUGCUCUGUGGAAGAGCUGUCUUUAGCACAUUACCGUCAAGAAGGCUUUGACCAAGGGAUCCAUGGAGAGGGCUCAACAUUCUCAACCUUGUUUGCUCUUCUGCUAUGGGACAUCAUUUUUAUGGAGGGUAUUCCAGACGUUUUCAGAAAUCCAUACCAGACAUGUCCACUGGAUCUUUACACUGACUGUUUCUAUGAGAACAGAAAAGAGGCGAUCGAUGCUCGUGUGCAGUUACUAAGGGAGUCAUCUGUGGAGACUCUGCAUGACAUGUUAGAAGAUGUCUGGACCUCCCAGGAGGGUAAAGUGUGUUCACUGGUCAACUGGGAGCUUUUCUCAUCCCUUCAACAGGCGCAGUCUCUCGUGUCAUGCCUGGGUGGAGCCUUCUUAGGAGGGGUAAUAAAACGAAUGUCGAAAGACUACAGACACUGCCGUGGAGGCUUGCCUGAUCUAGUGGUGUGGAACACCUCAAACAACAGCUACAAGCUGGUGGAGGUGAAGGGGCCCACUGAUCGGCUGUCCCAGAAGCAACAGAUAUGGCUGGAUGAGCUGCAGAAGCUGGGGGCUAAUGUGGAGGUGUGUCACGUGACAGCUACUGGAGCCAGAGGAGCUCGUCUGGAAUAAACACAGACACAGGAAAACUGACUGAUAAGACUUUGCUGCUAAUUAUUCAGAGUGUGUGUAAAAUGGAAACAUCAGCAGACAGAAACUCAGAAAAAUCUGUGAGCUUUUUCUGAGUCUGGUCAUCUAGAACAGAUGUUGAUGUUUAUCUCAAAAACUACAUCUAUCGUCCAUCACAAAUGUAAUCCCUUUUGAGUAUAGUGAGUAUUAUAGCAGGGAGUGUGCUUCAUGACAUGUGGCAUUAAACCACUGCCUUCAACAGGAAGAGGUGCAUCACAAGAUUUAGAUCUUUGCUGAGAACGGCCAGGAUCAGAAAUAGCUUCCCUACAGAUAAUCAGAACUGAUGCAUGAAAGGAAAUGCAUCCAACACCCACACCAAACUGAUGGUAUUUCCAUUUCUUCGGCAACACUAUUUUCAGGAUUUUGGGUUGCCAAGCAAUGAAAACACACAUUUAGUUGGCUGCUUAUGACAGCUCUACAAGUUUGUUAUGCAAGUAAUUACUGUGAUAACAUGCCUUUAAAUAGGGCUGAGCGAUAUGGAGAAAAUCAGAUAUCACAAUAUUUUUGACCAAAUACCUCGAUGUCGAUAUUCCGACGAUAUUGUAGGGUUGACAAUUGGUGCUUUCACAAAAUAUUUUCACAAUUAGAUUUUAGAUAAAUAAUCAUCAAUAAUGCAGAUAUAAUGAUUAAGUGGUUAAAGGCAAAUAAUAGAACAGCUAGAACAGUCUGGUAAAAUCAGAAUAUUACAUCACUUUAUUGUUAUGCUGUCUUUACACCCAGGAAAAGACAACACUUACCAUAUUAUGAUAUAUAUCUAGUCUCAAAUCACAGUACGAUAUAUUAUCUAUAUAUUGUCAACCUUACCUCUAAAUAUGCUGUUUUUCCACUACUCUACCAGAUAAAUUAAAUAAUAGGGCUCCAAUUAAUGAUUUUUUAAAUUUUUUUUAUAGAUUAAGUUGCUAUGUUAAGUUUUUUUCUCCAUUAAUUGAUUAACCUUUUGGAAUGUCAGAAAAUGGUGAAAAUUACAAUUACAGAGAGCCCAAGUUGUGAUCAUCACA